AUGGUCCAAAGCGAUCUUCUAAACUUGAUCUUCUCGUGGAUGCGGGGUGAUGACACCUCGAGCCUUGCGAUUGAUGCGUCGCUGGUCAAAAACACGCUCUUCCUUACACUCUUUGAGGACCAGGAGUCAUCCCCCGGCAAUGAGGAAGAUGAACCUUCAGAUACUACCUUCAUGCCGUCACCUACCAGCGUCGGACAACAUCAUAUCAUGUGUUACCCAUUCGGAGGCCUCAAAUUACUCGUCACCACGCCCGGCCAUAUUAUCCACUCCGCCCACUGGGAAGGCGAAGUAUGCUUCACCCGAAUACUGCCGACCAAGGAUGGGGAGCCUGAUUGGGAUCAGGUCCUCCCACUGUUAUGGUUCAGCGGAACACACACGGGUGUAUCUGGCUCUGUCUCCGACGGAGUCUUCAAAGAAGAGAGACAGUGGUAUAAGUAA